AUGGACUCAUUACCCAGAAUAGACACUCCCCCGCCCAAAGAAGUCUCUUUGGAGGCAUACGUAAAACAGGAAGUCGAGAAGGCAAUCAGAGAAACUCGCCUUCUAUACCAGUCCCAACUCGAUGAGGCAUUAGAAGAAGUGAACGUCUUAGAGAGAAGACUAAAAAAGACUACAAAGACAACAUCGACAGCCCUGGAAAAACCAGAAAACUUUUCAGGAGAUAAGAAAAAGUAUCGGGCUUUCAGAGAGUCCUUACUUUUACAAUUCGAAGAUGACGCUGUCUAUUUCAAAGAUGACAGAAAAAAGAUAAGCUUUGUGCUAUCUUUUAUGAAAGAAGGAGAAGCCGCGGCCUUUAAAACCAACUGGCUAGAAAACAGAGUUGACGCCCAACAAAUGGGGCUCGACAUCACAAACACAUAUGGAAGUUGGCCGUUUUUUGCCCACAAAAUGGAAGAAAGAUUCAAAGACAGUUUUGAAAAAGAAACUGCAAAGAAUGAAAUAUUGACCCUAAAACAGGGCAAUGAGACUGCUCAGGCCUUCUUCGAAAAGUUUGAAGAAAAAAAGAGGUGGGCAGGAUAUAACAGCAGAAUGAACAAAGAAUUCCUGGUCUCACUAUUGAGACAAAACAUGAAUAAACCCUUGGUAGACCGGGUGAUCUACGGAGGGCAUAUUCCCAGAGAUUACCAGAAAUGGAAAUGA